GACAAGAAAGGGUGGGUGCCUGACGCUGUCAUUUUAGGUAAAAAAACACAGCACACAGGCCACAGGGGAGCAUAGCGCGGCUCAUCGAGUGAUUCCUCUGCUGUAUUGCAUUGUAUUGUGUUUGUGUUUGUGUUUGGGAGAUCGAUCGAUCGAUCGAAGGCGUUGUUCUUGCGUAAAUGGCGUCGGGGUUGUGGGCAACGAAAGCUGCUUCCUACCUUAGGAUCUCUAUUCCUUACAGAGCCUUCGCCACCGUCAUCAAGGAUCUGAAGUAUGCUGAAUCUCAUGAAUGGGUGAAAGUUGAAGGCAAAUCAGCAACUAUAGGCAUUACUGAUCAUGCUCAAGAUCACUUGGGGGAUGUUGUGUUCGUUGAAUUACCUGAGGAGGGGACUGCAGUCGAUCAAGGGGCAAGUUUCGGUGCUGUUGAAAGUGUCAAGGCAACCAGCGAAGUAAACUCUCCAAUCUCAGGGAAAGUGGUGGAGGUUAACACUAACCUCAAUGAUUCUCCUGGCCUGGUUAAUUCAAGUCCUUAUGAAGAUGGAUGGAUAAUCAAGGUCGAGGUGAAAAAUACUGAUGAACUUAACAACUUAAUGGACUCCAAUCAGUACUCUAAGUUCUGUGAAGAAGAAGAUGCUAAGCACUGAGAGUGUGAAGGUACUGGAAUACUUUCCACGUGGAGGGAUCAUUCUCCCUUCUUCAUGGUCGUGACACAAGUCCAUGUGCUGCUGCUGCUGCUGUCUUUCUCUCAUGCCAAGUUUAAUUCGGGCGUGUUUUAGAUGAAACAAUAAGCUUUCAGUACAAAUAACAUAUUUUUCUACUGCAUACUAUUUACUGCUCAAGCAGGGCGAUUGCUAGUUACUACUCACUGUAUACAUACAUUGCAGUGUACGUUAUUCCUUACUGAUAUGAAUCGACGUUCUUAAGUU